CGUUGGGGCAGCUCCUGUGACAGACGGAGCUGGAGCGGCGGGGCGGCGGCGGAGUCCAGCGGCCGAGAUAGCGAGUGAGCGAGCGGACGAGCAGCGACCCCGGGGUCCAGGGAGCGAGAAGAAGAAGGAGGGGAGCGCUCGGGCGCGAGCUCAGAGCCAUCGCGAGCGCCGGGCUUAGGCUCGAGCCCCGGAACGGCUGAGGAGCCCGCCCGCUCCCCUCCCCUCCCCCUCCCCGGGACCGGGCCCAGCGCGCCAUCCUCCCCCUCCCUCCUUCCCUCCCUCCCUCCUUCCUCCCUUCCCUCUCCCUCUCCCCCUCCCCCGCCGGUGGAUGGGAGUGAAGGACGGAAGAGGCCCUGCGGAGGCGGCGGUGCAGCGCUCCGGUGGAAUGAACCUUACUUGUUGAAUAUCUCCUGGUUACACGUUGGAUUCACUUGUGAAAGAAUCAUUUUCCCCUGCGUGGAAGCCACUUAGUGGCUUAUUUAAUUGCAAAUCCAGGGAUUGCAAAGCUUUUUGAUUUUCCAGAAGAGGGACAUACCACUAUAUUGAAUAAACUUGAUAUUACAGCCAAAAUGGUGCUGUCCCAGAGACAACGAGAUGAACUAAAUCGAGCUAUAGCAGAUUAUCUUCGUUCAAAUGGCUACGAAGAAGCAUAUUCAGUUUUUAAAAAGGAAGCUGAAUUAGAUAUGAAUGAAGAAUUAGAUAAGAAAUAUGCUGGGCUUUUGGAAAAAAAAUGGACAUCUGUUAUUAGAUUACAAAAGAAGGUUAUGGAAUUAGAAUCAAAGUUAAAUGAAGCAAAAGAAGAAUUUACGUCGGGUGGACCUCUUGGUCAGAAAAGAGACCCAAAAGAAUGGAUUCCCCGUCCACCAGAAAAAUAUGCAUUGAGUGGUCAUAGGAGUCCAGUCACUCGAGUCAUUUUCCAUCCUGUGUUCAGUGUUAUGGUCUCUGCUUCAGAGGAUGCUACAAUUAAGGUGUGGGAUUAUGAGACUGGAGAUUUUGAACGAACUCUUAAGGGGCAUACAGACUCUGUACAGGAUAUUUCAUUCGACCACAGUGGCAAGCUUCUGGCUUCAUGUUCUGCAGAUAUGACCAUUAAGCUAUGGGAUUUUCAGGGCUUUGAAUGCAUCAGAACCAUGCAUGGCCAUGACCACAAUGUUUCUUCAGUAGCCAUCAUGCCCAAUGGAGAUCAUAUAGUGUCUGCCUCAAGGGAUAAAACUAUAAAAAUGUGGGAAGUGCAAACUGGCUACUGUGUGAAGACAUUCACAGGACACAGAGAAUGGGUACGUAUGGUGCGGCCAAAUCAAGACGGCACUCUGAUAGCCAGCUGUUCCAAUGACCAGACUGUGCGUGUGUGGGUCGUAGCAACAAAGGAAUGCAAGGCUGAGCUUCGAGAACAUGAGCAUGUGGUAGAAUGCAUUUCCUGGGCUCCCGAAAGCUCAUAUUCUUCCAUCUCUGAAGCAACAGGAUCUGAGACUAAAAAAAGUGGCAAACCUGGGCCGUUCUUACUGUCCGGAUCCAGGGACAAGACUAUCAAGAUGUGGGAUGUCAGUACUGGCAUGUGCCUUAUGACCCUGGUGGGUCAUGAUAACUGGGUACGUGGAGUUCUGUUCCAUUCUGGGGGGAAGUUUAUUUUGAGUUGCGCUGAUGACAAGACCCUGCGUGUGUGGGAUUACAAGAACAAGCGAUGCAUGAAGACCCUCAAUGCGCAUGAACACUUUGUUACCUCCUUGGAUUUCCAUAAGACGGCCCCAUACGUGGUUACUGGCAGUGUAGAUCAAACAGUGAAGGUGUGGGAGUGUCGUUGAUUGAGUCUCAUUUGGCCCCUCCUCCCUUUUUUCCUCUGGAUGCACUCUGAUGAUACCAUGGUUACCCCAUCGAGCUCUGUUUAAAUAAAUAUUGUCCUUUCAUGUAAAUUAUUCUGGAUGUAGAUUGAGCUUAUUAAAUGUUACACACAAAGUAUUCAUGCAUGGUGAAUCCAAAUUGUAUACUGUAAAUUUACAUACGUUGUCUAGAAGUACCAUAGGGUUUAAAAACCUGGGCUGGCAUUGGUCACACCAGGCCUAAGAAGGCAGAAGUUGAAUAAAUUGAACUAGGGCACUAAACUGAAUAGUUGACAGUGUCAUUUUAUGUUGGAUUAUUAAUUCCUGUUUUUCUUUCUGCUGUCCUGUUGGUGCCUGACUUGAUGGCCUCAUUUGGGGGAAAGUGGUGGUUAUUAGGGCUUUUUCUGAAAUGUGUAUCUAUGUAACAUCACUUAAGUGUGCUUAAUAAAUCUUCUUUAAGGAUGUUAGAUAAUAAGGCUACAAUUCAAAAUCUUCUGAACCAUCUGUAAUUAAUGGGGAUUACAUAUUGGAAUUUUUGUCAUGACACAUUUGCCAAAUCAAUGGGAUACAUUUGUUUUGGCAGCCUAUCAAGCAAAGGCUAGUGGUAUCUUUAUGUAAGAAAAUGACUGUAAAUCUGAAAUAAGAAAAAUCUCAGCAACUAAUAACAAAUCAUUUAUUUCAUUUGGGUCUUACUGCUUUGUAAACAGGUUAAAAAAACACUGUAAUACUCUAAGCUUCUCUUUUCCACACUAGACACACUUCUAGUUGUAUUCUCCAUACUAUUAGACUGUAUAGUGAUGUGAUUCCCAAGUAGAUUUUAAUCUUCCCAUUGAGUGUGUCAUGGUACAAAUCACUAUUUGUUUUUGAUGUUUUUUAGGGAUGUGCAAUGUGCAUAACAUAAUGACAAAGAAAUUUUGAAAAGGUUAUGUUUGCCCAUUUGAAGGGAGUGGGAGAAAUAACAGCAGUUUGUUCUUCAACAUGAAUCUGAUAUCAAUUUGAACUGUGUUUUACAAGUUUAUUAAAAAAGACAGGGUUUAAUGGAGCGUGCAUAAAAAUGUACUGUGUUUUCACCUUUUGUUUAUAUAUAAAUGUUUAUGAGUAUAUAGGCCUAUCUAUAAGUGGAUAAGUCUGUAUAUGUAUAUAUAUCACACACACAUACAACCUCCAUGUCCUUGGGUCCUGGGUUUUUGAAGUGCUAAAACAUAUAAAUAGAAUAAAUCUUGCUGUGGAAAUACCAUGCUUUAGAACAAAUCCUUAUUGAUCCUGAUGCUUCUGAAAACUAGGUCUGACUCUGUGGGAAUUUUUCCCAGCUAAAGAAAAUCACUUCCGUUAUCACCCCCACCCCCAAUUUGGCUGUUGAGCAUUUUACACAUCCCUGAUACGUUGUAUAUUGUGAUCCAAAGUUACUCCAAGUAGGUUUAAGAGAAUUUUUAUCUGUGACUUUGGAAACUAUUCCAUUGCAGAUUAAUAAAUAAUCCCACUGCUUCGCUAACCAACACUUUUUUCUUAAGGUCAUGUGAAAAGUUAACAGAACAAUGAAAUAACAAAGUUUAACAAAGAAAUUUAUCUUGAAUUGUAUUUAUCCAUUUGUGUAAUACAUGAUUUUUUUUUUAAUAUUCUUUUUAGUAUUCAGUGGAAAUUUGGUUCCUGAAAAACACAAAGGGUUAAUGUGCUGUAGAUACACACACAGAGAAUAGGCCAUAUAUUUACUAGAAGCAGCUUUAUGUCUAGCUUGUGUCUUUUUGUUUGUUGGCUUGUUUGUUUUUAAUAAUUCCUGAGAGAUGUCUCUGGAAGGAAAAGUGUUUUGAAAACUAAUGACUAUUUUUGAGGACAAAAAUGACAACUUAAGCUAAUUUCUUAAAUACAGUAGGAUAACUUUCAGGACAUUAUUGCCUCACAACCCUGCUCACAUUGAGAAGUCUUUUUUUCGUUUCCCCUUAGCUGUUCUGACUGGAUUUUUCUACAGAAGCUAUGGAAGAUUAUCUUUGUUCUCGUUUGCUGCUAUUUCCUGUCCUACUUUAAGAAAUAUAAAUACAUAGAAAUGGUGCAUCUUUAACCUUUGUUUGUACAUGUAUAAAUGUCUUGUAUUUUAAUUCGUUUUUAGCAUGUAGCAACACGAAUUGUUCAAGGGUAAGCCACAACAUCUAGAAAUCACUCCUAGAUACGAACAAUAAAGGAAAAAAAAUGGUACCGAUUUAGGAGGAAACAAAGCCGCUGUCGCUGGGUUUUCUGUGCAGCCUGCAGUGACUUCCGACACACGAGGAGAAACUGUCACUGUAAACCAAGUCAUCCUUGUUGGGAGAGUGCCACAGCCUGCUGCUUAGUUGAGUUACCAGACAUCCUCCACUUCCGAAGCAGCGAAUGUCGAAUCUCAGGGAUGGUCCUCAACUGGAUCCAAGUGUAACGAGCCCUGUUUGAAUAAUGAGGGAGGGGGAGAGUGAUCCAUCCACAAUCCGGAAGCAGAUUUGCAGAGGUUUCCUGCACUGUUGUUUGACACUGCCCUGUUGAUGCCGUUUCUUCCUGUUUCCUGUGUUUUCUCUGUCUGCUGUCUAACCCUGUGCCUUGCCUGGGAUAAGUACAAUGAUGAGGUUACUGGUUUGGAUUGUAAGUAGAGGAAUUUAUUAAUUGGUUUAGAGGUUCACUGCUGCUUUGUCACUUUCUCAAUCAGAUUGGCCACUUAUUUAAGAAAUAAAAAGCUGGUAGAACUGCA